UUGAAUUCUAUAUACAAAAUAUAUGUAUAUAUGUCGUAAUUAAAAUAUCAAAAAUAAAUAUCCGGAGAAUAACUAGGAUACAACUUGGAUAAAACCAUGUACCUAGCCCAGGACAAUGUAGUGCAGUGUACACUGUACAGUGUAACACAUAUCCAAAUCACGACAGGAGGUUCCACGAAACGAGGCAAAUGCGCGAGAACGAACACGCAUGCGCGUUCUUAGCAAAGCAUUUGGAAGACUUAAACUCACUUUACCCUGGGUGCCACCUGAUACUAAAUUAAGUAAACUGGAUACUCUAAGGCUAGCAAUGAGCUAUAUUGCUCAUCUGAAGAGAACUCUUGAAGACCCGGAUGACCAAGAGCAAGGCUGUAAACAAACUAAAUACUGGCCUCAUGUCGGUGUUAGAUCGUCCUCUCCUACUCCCUACCCCUCCCCUGCUCCCUACCCCUCCCCUACUCACUACCCCUCCCCUACUCCCUACCCCUCCCCUCCUACCCUAAGGAGUGGAUCCUUUCACUCCCCAGCGUGCAGGGAGGAGUCCAACUACUCCACCCAUCCGCUCCCUGAUUCAUCGCUCCAGGGAGAAAAGGAACCGUCUUUCAAAUUAAAUCUUAUUCAGGACUGCAGUGAUCUGUCCUAUCCUCGGUUGUCCUACCGUUGUGUUACUAGCUGUGGAACAGCAGACAGCUCUACAGUAGACAACUGUUCAGCAGACAGCGCUGUUACAUUCAUCAACAGUACACAGCUGAGACAGUUCAAGGAUAUUUUCUCGUCUGUUCAAAACGAAGAAGAAGAAGAAGAAAAUGUUGAAAAAGAAAUAUUUAAAGAUGGAUUAUGUUUUUAGAAUAUAAAAGGGUCUAUUAACGGAAUUUCAAGUGACAAUUUCAAAGUUGUUGGUUCGAUUCACAACGGUAUCUUUUAUACCUUGAUCUGAGAAACAGUUGAGCUGAAGACAUCGUCGUUUCCUAGCUUUAAACGUUUCUUAUCUUAAACUUUUCCUAUCUUUAAACCUUUUCUAUCUUUAAACGUUUCCUAUCUUUUAACGUUUCCUAUCUUUAAACGUUUCCUAUCUUUAAACGUUUCCUAUCUUAAAACGUUUCCUAUCUUUAAGCCUUUUCUAUCUUUAAAUGUUUCCUAUCUUUAAACGUUUCCUAUCUUUAAGCGUUUCUUAUCUUUUAACAUUUCCUAUCUUUAAGCGUUUCCUAUCUUUAAACAUUUCUUAUCUGUAAACGCUUUAAACAUGUUCUAUCUUUAAACGUUUCCCAUCUUUAAACGUUUUCUAUCUUUAAGCCUUUCCUAUCUUUAAACAUUUCCUAUCUUUAAAUGUUUCCUAUCUUUAAACGUUUCCUUUCUUUAAACGUUUCCUAUCUUUAAACGCUUCCUAUCUUUAAACGUUUCCUAUCUUUAAACGUUUCCUAUCUUUAAACGCUUCCUAUCUUUAAACGUGUCCUAUCUUUAAACGUUUCCUUUCUUUAAAUGUUUCCUAUCUUUAAACGUUUUCUAUCUGUAAACGAUCCUAUCUUUAAACGUUUCCUUUCUUCAAAUGUUUCCUAUCUUUAAACGUUUCAAAUUCUGUUAAAUUUCAUUCAUUCGCUCUGCCACAUAAAUCUAUAAGUUAUUUCUCAAAGAGAAACCACAAUUAAAAAUUGCCAAUUUUCAGAAAAAAAGAAUAUCGUCUUCAUUGUGCUCAGUCAAAUUGUAUAUUAUAUAAGGCACCGUUUUGUACCCGGCAUGCCUCUAAUUAAAUGGUCAAGGUCACUUGAAAUUAGAUCUACAGAGAUAUUCAUAGAUAUUAAAAGUGUAAAAAGUGGUAAA